GUGUGAUUACCUGCACUGGACUGGUUGUGUGUUUCCCAGUGCUGAGUCCGCUUUCUUUCAAAAGGCUCUGCUUACCAUCUACAGUUCACUUGCAACUCUUGCAUAUCAUCUGCGACGUUGUCUGCAACUUUCCCAGGUCAUCAAAUUCACGUCGUUGAACGAAACGAGUUGCCAUUAGAUGAGCAGGCGUUGCAGCACUGCAUUAGGUUUCGUAUCGGACUCGCAACAGAUUAGGUGGAACCAGAUCGAGAUUCGAGGAUUACUGAAGCUGCUGCUGCUGUGGUUCAGUGAUACUGCAAGAGUACUUGCGAUCAGUUGGUACUUUGUGGAGAAGUGCUCCUGUUCUUUCGUGGCGAUGGAUCCAGCGCCGUGUUUGGCUUUGCACCUGGAGUAGUCGCUCGCUUCGAAGUCCUUCACCACCCUGAAGUCGGUGUGUCGAAAUGUUGCCGAGGUUAUCAGACAUCAAUUUUAGAAUUCUACAACUUUCAAGGAUGCCGUUAAAUCCAAGACGUAUGGUGGUGGUGGGACUCGACUUCGGCACCACAUACUCCGGAUUCUCCUUUGCACUUAUCUCGGAGCCAUACAAAAUUAAUUCCUUUUUCGAGUAUCCAAACUCAUCAAACCUCUAUCCCAAAACUCCAACAGUGAGUUACUACAAGAAGGUACCCGGUCAUGAAGAUCAGUGGAGGUUAAAUUCUUGGGGUUUCACUGCCCGCUCUGAGUACACUAGAGACAUGGCCAAGUUAACUAAAGAACAACGCAGACGGAAACAUUCUGGCGCACAAAAUGACAAUGCUCCACUACCGGAAGUUGGCAGAUACAUCACGAAGUUCAAACUCUACCUGGCAAAUGAAAGAAUGGCAAGAGUACCCCUACCGUCGCUUCCUGCAGGGCUUACAAAUGAGAGGGUCAUCACGGAUUAUUUGCGGGAAAUGGGAGCUUUAAUCCUCAAAACCUUACGGGGGCAGUACAGAAAUUUAGACCUGACCAAUGAUCUGAUUCAGUGGUGCAUAACGGUUCCAUCAAUUUGGGAUAAUGUUGCGAAAUCGGUGAUGAAGGAUUGCAUGGUGAGGGCGGGCUUGGUGAGCGGGACCGACGAUAGUCACCUUAGCAUCGUGUUGGAGCCAGAAGCAGCCUUCUUUCACUGUUACCAGCAUUUACACGAAAGCGCCAUCACUGUUAAUGAUAAGAUCCUGAUUGCCGACAUCGGUGGCGGGACUUCCGACAUUGUUGUAGAGCAGGUCGUUGCCAUUGGUCAGAGUAGCUAUCAAGUGAAAGAAGUGACAUUCAGCUCUGGAGGUUUGUGCGGCAGCAUUUACGUUGACCAAUCUUUUAUUAAGUUUAUGAUACAAUCAAUUCCAUGUCUGGAUGGGGCCCUGGAUCAGCAGCCGUCUCUUUAUGCCUCAUUACUCAAAGAAUGGGACGAAGCGAAGGCCAGCUUCGGUGAUCUAACUAGGAGUAAUCGCUCCACCGACAUAUCACUUCAUUACGAAUUGUUGAAUAUGAUGAAACCGUACGCGAGUAUGGACAACGAUGUUGCAAGGGCGUUGAAUGAUGGCUUAUAUGAGAUUAGGUACGAUCAGAUGAAAUCCAUUUUCGAUCCUAUAAUCAAUCAGAACUUAACUCUCAUUUCCGAUAAAUUGAGAGAAGUGCAAGGCGUUACUGUCAUCGCCGUUGUCGGCGGAUUGGCUAAGUCAGAGUAUCUCAUCCAGUGCAUCAAACGGCGAUUCUCCAGUGAAGUGAGGCACAUCAUUGUACCCGGGAAUCCCGUGAGCGCGAUAUCCUUGGGUGCCGUAAUGUCGGCGCUCAAUCCUGACACUAUCAUCUCCAGAGUGAGCAAGAAGACUUAUGGGGUCGAGUGUGUGGAGGAAUUCAAAUAUGGGGUCGAUCGAGAGGACCACCUCCAGGUCAUCAAUAAUUUAAGGCGAUGCAGAAAUCGGUUUCAUAUCUAUGUUAGAAAGGGUGAUGUGGUGAACGUCGAUCAGUGCAUCAGCAAGACCUAUUAUCCAGCUAGAAGUGGACAGACGACUAUGGAUGUAACACUUUUCAGUUCGGAGAACACGAAUCCGAGGUACACCGAUGAGCCCGGGGUGAAAAUGGAGGGCAGUUUUACGAUCGAUAUCUCGGGGGACAUGACAUUGGAUGAAAAGCGAAUAGUUAAGGAGUCGUUAUACUUCGGAAGGUCGUCGCUUGAGCUAGUUGCCGAGCCUGUGAACUUCUUCCUUGGCAGUCAAGGGCCUAACCAGUUGCAUCUCCCGAUUGCAGAAGGUUUCGUGUGAUCAUCACCCAUUCCGAUCAUGCUGCAUUGUACCAUACAUGCUAGUCUAGGUCACUAGAAUCUCUGCUGGUACCACAGCAAAGCUACCCGGCUGGUUCAUAUCUUAGAAAAUAAUCUUCAUAGUGAAUUUGAAUUCUCUGGUCGAAAGCUUCACAGUUACAACUCUCUUUUCCCUCUUUGUAAGCUUGAGACUUCACCUGCAGGUGAUCCGUAUCAUUGUGCCAGGGAGUGUACUAGAAACCUCGCAAUUCUCUUGGGCUUGUUUCUAAGAGUUGCCAGAGCGUCGGUAGUCAUUCGCGUGUGCCAUCUACUCAUCCACAACGCGUAAGAAAUUUUGAAAUUUUAGCACCACUCUCGUCACAGUCGACGUCUGACAUGGUUUCAGAAUUCAGGGUUUUCAAUGCAGUCUUUGAAUA